AUGUCUUCUCAUACAAUGUAUGCCCCGCCAACACCUACGCCUCGCACCUUUAUGCCCAAUUCUAACGCCAUUGUCUUUCUUCAGCAUAACUUCGAGCAACUCCCCGCAGAGCUUCGUGUCAAGAUCUGGAAUUAUAACCUCCCUCCUGCGCGCCUCGUGCCCGUGCAAUGCGGUUCCUCAUGGUCCGGCUCCUCGGGCUCCCACUCAUGGUCAGGAUGUACUUCUUCAGCAACUAUUCCCGCCAACCUCCACGUAUGCGCCGAGUCGCGCAGUGAAGCUCUGAAGUACUACGGACUCGGCUUUGGCUUUGCUCGUGGCCCUGGUCAGGUCUUCCUCGAUCCCGAUCGCGAUAUUCUCUACUUUGGACCUCGCGAUGGUUACAUGGCCGCAGACUCUCAGUUCCAAACAUGCAUGUCAAUGUGCGAUCCUGAAGAACUCGCUCUUGUGCGCCGCCUUGCUAUCAACGAUGCCCUAUUUUGGGUCGACGCAACCUAUCGCUCCAUGACUGCCGCCAGUCUCACAGUCGAGCUGCUGCGUCGCAUUCAGUCGCGUAUGCCGGGACUCGAGGAGCUUAUCUUCGUUCCUCGCGCAGAGGAAACACCAGAGUCUCUGUCCUACAUAGAGCCGACCAUGGUCUAUGUGCGCAUGGCCCAACAGAUCGAAGUCGCCAUUCAAACUCUACAGCAGCAGACUCCCGGCUGGACACCGCCCAGGUGGAGGAUUCUACCACUGAGUGCUUUCCAAAGUGUCGGUGCUGCAUGA